AUGAGGGAGGAGAACCUGAAGGCAGAGGACAACACUGAGGGAGGUGCCGGUGGGGAGCUGAGAGACCAGGAGGCCCAGGACUGGAAAGACUCCUAUGAAGGAGCCAGCGUGGAACCCGGGGUGCAGACGCGACGAGAACAGCAGCGCGGAGGUCUCGGUGACUAUGCGGAGGGCAAACGCUCAGAACCCGGGUCUCCGCCAGGCACGGCUCCACAGUCCUCGGCGGCUCCCCUGUGGCACCGCAUUGAGUCCCUACGAGGGGAUGGGCCAGAGCUGGAGAAGGGCGGGGACUGGGUGGAGAUGAAAGGAGGUGUCCGCAAGCCUCCCUCCAGCUUUGGCUCAGUGGACUGGCUCUCCCAGAGCAGCUGCUCAGAACCGGCCCACACCUUCAGAUCUGAAGUCUCCUGCAGGAACCUCCCUGGCCCUAGCCAGGUGUCUGGCAUCCGGAAGUCUCCGAUGAUCCGCAGCGUGGAUGAGGUUACGUCCUCAGAUCUGUCUGUACAAGAGACGCCGGUGGCUGGGUUGAGUAUGGAGCCAGACCCCUCCCGGGCACCCCGCGUCCGCACAGCUUUCACUGUGGAGCAGGUCAGUGCCUUGGAGGGUGCCUUCCAGCACCACCAGUACCUAGGCCCCCUGGAGCGGAAGAAACUGGCCAAGGAGAUGCAGCUCUCAGAGGUGCAGAUAAAAACCUGGUUUCAGAAUCGCCGAAUGAAACACAAACGACAAAUGCAGGACUCUCAGCUGAACGUCCCCUUCUCCGGGCCUCAUCACACACCCCUGGCUUUCUGCCCACCAUCUUCUGCCCUGGGCAAUGGCCUGCAGCUGCUGUACCCUUGGGCACCCCUGCCUGGGCCCCAGGGUCUGAUGCUGCCUCCUGGCUCUUUCUGGAGUGUCUGCCAAGUGGAACAAGGCCCCCUGGCUUCUGCGUGGUCUUUGUUCCACAGACAGCCUCUGACAUAUCACCCAGAUCCUGGCAGCCGCAUGCACACACUGGGAUCAACCUUGUCCGCAGGUCCCUGGAGCCUGUGCCCUCUGCCAGAGACCGGGGAUGCCUUUUGAAGAAGUCCAACUCCAUGCCAUCCCACACACAGUGGUAUGUGCAGAUGGGGCCUGACACCCACCUGGAGACCAGUCCUUGUUUAUUUUGUUGUUGUGGCCAUGUCUAAUAGCUGGCAUUGAACAUUAGGACAUCUAAC